AUGGCUAAUGAAACGAAAUUGCCACCAUUCCCUGGUGGGAUAAUUAUUCGUGUUAAUCCAAAAGUAUUGGAUUCAUUUUUUGCACAUAAAACUGAUAUUGUAAAACAUAAGUUUCGUAGAAAAAAUACUGAUUUAGCUGUUAUUUCAGGCGGAUUAACCUCUCAUUUGCAACCACUAGAUGCAUCACUAAAUAAGCCUUUUAAAGCUAAGGUAAUUUCAUUUUUAAUGGUACUAGUAUUAUCUAAAUGA